AUGAUUCGACGACGUGUGUGUUGUGUUCCCCUCACUGCCGUAGGUUCAACAGAGGUGGUAUUAUCCACAUCUCUAUUCUCUUCACAACGACAUCAAGGUGGUCUACAUACAUUCAUUAGAGAUUCUCAAUCAUCGAAUUUCUCCAAAUCUGCACGCCGCGAGUCCUCACCGCGUGGUUCCAACCAUACAACGGCUUCCACCAAUGAAGAUGGACGCACUUCUUCAACCGAUUGGGUUACACAAAUGCAAAAGGAAUUAUUCAGUGAAGCCGAUCCACUUGGCGGUCAAGCCCAUAAAGAUUAUUACCGUGAUCCUGCGAGUGGGUAUAGUCCACAGUAUGCCCCUCGUAACUUUGCCGAGGGUGGCGCUAUCGCCUAUCAUCAUCCACAGAGUGUGUUUGAAUAUGAAGAUGCGGUACAACGACGGAAUUGGCUUGAUCAUGAUGUUUCUCGUUUAGAGGAGGAGUUUAGACAACAACGAGCAUCCUUGCGAAGUAUAGAGAAUCCUACAGAACGAGAAGAGUUAACACGUAGUUACGCAUCUCAAUAUAAUACCUCUAAUACUAUUGUGGAGAAUCAAUCUAUACAUGCGGUAAAUCAAUUACAUCACAGUACGAGUACCAGUGGAAAUGCCAUUCGUCAACAAUCCAUUACAGAUCGCUAUAAACUAGCCGAACAACAAUCUCCACUUCCCAUGACAAGUAGUAUGGAUUCCAAAUCUCUUACAGAAGCUUAUAUGAAAGGUGUAGAAUCUGUACAUGAUGAUUGGCUAGAAGAGAAUCUUCGUAUUAUUCAUGGAUUACGUGAAAAGGAAAAGUUUGAUUUUACCAUUAUGCAGCGAACUUCUCGUAUUCCAUUUAAAGGCUAUGAUAUGGAUCGUUUUCUCGCCCAACAGAAGGGAACUCCGUAUGGGGCUCAACAACUUCCACCACUCAUGGCCAGUUCUUCUAUGGAAGAAGCCCAGCGAACUCUACGCGAAGGAGAAAAAGGAGAAAAAGGAGAACAGACAACAAGAAUUCCAUUAUUUGAAUCCAUUUCCCAAAAGGCAUUUGCACGAAAUACCGUAAGUGAUCAACCGGGAAUGGGAGAGGCAUUAACACAAGAAAUUGUAGAUACAAUUCGAGCAACUAAAGCCACAGAAGAAGAAAAACAUAAACAAGAAAGAGCUCAACGGUUUGGGAUUGGACGUCAAGGGGCAUUGGUACAAGAUGGUGGACCUGAUAAACGAAUAUUAAAGAAACAUACAAAUGAUGAACGUCUUUUAGAUGCCAUGUUAUUUAGUUCAGAUGCAUAUAGAAAGACUUCCACAGAUGAACAUUGGAAUCCAUAUGUACGUCAAGAUACUUCACAAGGUGUAGGGCAUUUAUUAAAUACAAAGUUUGAUCUCGCACGUAGAGAAGAUCGAUUGGCAAAAGGUGAACAAGACUUAACAGAACGAAGUGUAAUGCAUUUUGGAGUUCCUAUUCAACAAACAAUGGAUGAAUUUGUUUUUCGUCAUCGUAAUGCCCGUGGAGAACGACCACUUGAUUAUUUUAAACCUUUUCCUGAUUUUCGUUCUUUACGAUUAAAUCGUAUGUAUCGUGAUGUGGAAGGAUUUUCUCUAAUGAAACAACGACCAGAGUUUCUUGAAUGGGAACUCUUUACACGAUAUAGAGCCCAUCAUCAACAGAGACGUCAUUUGGCAUUACUACAUGGUUUAGAACCGGUUGUAAAUGAAACAGUAGAAGAACGGGAUGCACGUCGUGAAAAAUUAAAUAAAUUAUGUGAAUCAACUCCUUUUGAUGAAAAGAAAUAUUUACAUACAAAUGAUGAUGAAAUGCGUGUAAGUGGUGAAACAUUACGUAGUUGGUUUGGUAUGUAUAUGCUUCCAUCUCCUACUAUAGUAGAAGCUGUUGUAGGGGCUUCUACAUCUGUAAACUUACAUUUAUAUCCUUUAAUAGAUGAAAUGGGAACAACCGAUACACGUGAACAUGUUUUGAGUAGUCGUUAUUUUAAUCGUUUAUUUUUAAUGGAAGCUUAUCAACAUCGUAUUGGGCGUGGAUUUACAGGGAAUGUAAGUGGAAAAGCUCCAGAACCUAUUAUACAAUAUGCUCAAUCACCAGAAGUUUUACGUCAUUUUAAUGCUGAAGAACGAGCCAUGUAUGAACAAUAUAUAAAAGAACAAACAUCUGAACAAUUAAAUGAAUGGAAUAUAUCUAUACAACGUCGUCGAUGGCUUCCAGAGCAUCAACAAUAUGGACAUGUUAUUGCCCAUGGAUAUGAAGUACCUGUAGUAGAUCUUAUUCAUACUGAAACUGGAUCUAUAUUAACAGUUUUAGUAAAAUCUUAUGAAAAGGAAAUUCAAACAGCACGUGAAAAUCCUCAUCAUCAUACUAUUUUAAUAGAUGGUCAAUCUUAUAAAUUUAAACCAGAUUCUGAACGUCGAGUUAUACCACUUUCUGUAAAGUUAGAAUCUGGAGAAGUUGUAGAUAUGACGGAUGAAAUUUUUAAUCAAUAUGAAAUGGAACGAAUUUCUGAAAAUUUAAAUCAUUCUAUUAAUUAUGGUAUUGGUCAUUAUGCCUAUAAUAGAGGAAAUUAUGUGGAAACACAAGAUGUGAUUUGGGAAGAACAAACCGCACGAGGUGAAGAAGGAUGGUCACCCGCCACUCAUGCAGAUGGAUUAGUUAAGAAUUUACCUAUUCGUGCCCGUCGUCAUCUUGGUAGUCAUCCGGAUGGAUCUCGUAUUGUAAGUACACCUCAACGGGCAGUAAUUAUUGAAUAUCAUCGACAACCUUUUUUUAAUCCUGAACCUCGACUGGUUCGUGUGGCUUUUCAAUCCGAUGGAAGUAUAGAAGAUGUGCCAUUAUCGGAUAUAAUGAUUUGGCAACGACGUUAUUAUGGCCCUGAACGUACGGUUGGGGAUGAAUCCAGACGACAUAAUCCUAUGAGUUUACGUCGAUAUGUAGAUGUUGCGGAUCCAUUUAAUGAGAAGAAUAGUAGUGAAGAACAUUUUCUUGAUAAGUACGAAUUGGCACGUACAAGUGAAUCUGUAGCGAAUAAAUACCGUACUACUAAACAAAUUACAGAAAUUGAUCAAUGGACUCGAUUUGAUUCCACUCGUGCAGAUAAUUACCGUCCAUUAAGUAUUUCCCAUCGUAGAGAUUAUAUCCGUCUUGGCUAUAUGCAUCACUUUACACCUUGGGAAUGGAUAUUAGUUCAGGAAGCCGAUCAACCACUUAUUGCUGAACAAAUCCGUCAAGAUGAUAUGGGUCCAAGUUAUUACUUCUCCCCUAAUCGCUUCUGGCGAUAUAAAGCUCGUCCACAUGGUUAUAUUCGUCAUUUUGAAAAUGAAGUACGAGACUUAUUUCAAUUUAUUGAUGGCGUUACUCCAUGGAAACAGGCUCAGAAGAUUCGUACAUAUUGGGAAGUCCGCUCACAUCAUCCAAUGCCGCAGUUUAAUCGUCCAGAAGUGGCUAUGCAUCGCAAUACGGUUGGACUCCUUCCUGCACAUAUGUGGGAAACAGAUAAGAAGACUGGAAAGGUGAAGGCGGUGAAGGAUUCUGUGAGGGAUUAUCAAACAAAGACACCUUUACCGAAAUGGGUACAUUUGUAG